GGAUCUGGCAUCACUUGAUAGCGCUUAAAUUUUUAAGAACUUUAUUGCUUCGCAGUUGUUGUGAUUUCUUUGUACAUCCCCUAAAAAUGAAGCCGGUUCUUGAGCCCGAGACAACCAUGAGUCCUGAAGCGGACAUACUGCAUCCGGACGACGCUCAGUACAUAUGGCUGCCAAUUUUGGUGCUUGCUGGCAUUUUUGUUCUCGCUGCUUUGGUCUACGCCAUGUCACGUAGUCGCUGCCGGAUUUCCUGGGAUUGCCUUAGAUGCAGAAAGGCCCAGCGAAGUGGAUACAUCAACGUGGAUGAGGAGGAUUCCGAUGUGCCCAUGGCCUGCGGAGAUGAGCUAGGAGAUCAACGGACUACAGCUAGUUUGCUCACUGGUCGUCUUCACAUUCAGGAUGGAGCCAAUAACGCAUCCAAUGCUUAGUGAUUCUCAAAAGUAUUCCAUACACUUUAUUGUCCACGUUGUCUUCAAACGGUGGUUGUCAUCGGUUAAGUUACUACUGCAAACUACGUGCCUCUACUACAAGUACAACGAAAAU